AUGGGUGUCCACAACAUCGCAAACAAGGCCGAAUUCGAGUCCGCCAUCAAGGACAACAAGAUCGUCGUCCUCGACGCUUUCGCAACCUGGUGCGGACCCUGCAAAGUCAUCGCCCCUCAGGUCGUCACAUUCUCGGAGAAGUUCACAGGCGCACACUUCGUCAAGCUCGACGUCGACGAGGUCCCUGACGUCGCUCAGGACCUUGGCAUCCGUGCCAUGCCCACCUUUAUCAUCUUCAAGGACGCAGAGAAGGUCAACGAGAUUGUCGGCGCCAACCCUAAGGCGCUGGAGGCCGCCAUCGAGAGUGCUGUUUCUUCUACGUGA